AUGGCCGUCGGUAACGACCACCUACUCAGCUUACUCCUGGCCUACUCGGGUAAUUAUUUCCCACGCGUGCUCUAUUCCGCUCAUAGAUCAAGACUUCUCGGAAAGAAGGAACCGCAGAUGAGGAUAGCGAUCUGGGUGCAGGAUAUCUUCCCCGCCCUCCGGCAAGCCCUCAACGACAGGGACAAAAUUAUUUCAAACACGAGCCUCGCCACCGCCAUCAUGCUCGCCUCGCUGGAGAUCAUCUCGCCCACCGCGUUCGGGUACGACAUUCCCUGGCAGCGGCACCUGAAUCUGGCUCGGACGCUCAUGUGGAGGCGGCUGGCGGACCUGCGCAGGACCACCGAGAACGGUCUGCGGGAGGACGGCGCGUGUGCCUUCCUGUGGAGCUGGUUCGCGUACUUGGAUGUCCUGGGGAGCUUGAGCGGUGGCGGUGUGCCCGACGCGGAUUCCUCGAGGUUCUGGCUGCUCGAGUAUACGGUCCACAAUCCCGGAGACAGCCAGGAUGAGAUUGACUGCGUCAUGGGGUUCAGCACGCGCUGUGUCCAGAUACUGGCCCAGAUCGCGGAGCUGGCGCGCCGCUGCGACGAGCAGCGGUUCGCGAUGAGCGGUUCCUCGCCGCAACUUGUCUGGUGUCCGAACGCAGCUUGUAUCGAGCGGGCUCAGCUGUUGGAACAGGAGCUUUUAUACAGCAUGGCGCAGCCGUCACGCCCGUGCAGACACAUCACUACCAUUACCACUCAGAGCCAGAGCAUAACUCAGUACAAAGGCAUCGAGGUCGAGGGACAGGGUAAUAUGGAGGAGAUGGUCUUCUUGAACGAGGCGUUCCACUGGGCUGGGCUUGUGCACCUGCAUAGGCGCGUCUUAGGUAAGCCGCCUAGCCACGAGGACGUCCAGGGGCCGGUAGGCAGGAUCGUGGCGUGCUUAGAGGGUAUUGUAUCUGGCGGGUCGGCGGAGACGGGGUUCUUGUUUCCCAUGUUUACGGCUGGGUGUCAUGCGCUGGAGGGGCCGCAGAGGAGCAAGAUUUUGGAGAGGUUUCGGAGCGUGGAGAGGAAUGGGAUGACGCAGGUUCACAAGGCGAGAGUGCUUAUGGAAAAGGUAUGGGUUACGGGGCAGCCAUGGGAGCCUUUGCUGUGCACGGAAUUCAUUGGGUGAUUUUGGCAGCUUUCCUUUUCUUUUCCCCCCUUGAGGAUGGGAAAGGCCAGCAACCGGGACUAUUGCAUUUGAAGGAAGUUCGGUUUCCUUUUCGCGUACUUGCGAACGAGGCAUGAAGUUGGAUAGAGAUGUUGGGAGGGGGCACAUCAGGGAAGCACCAUACGGAUACCAGCAUUUUUUCCACCUUCACGACAUUCAUGAGACCAUGAUGUGAAUGAAACCUUUCAUACUUGGCUUUGAGAGAGAAAGCUCGGGCUGGAUACAUUAGAGCUGGCAGCAAUACACGUAACAUGUCGUGAUUUCACAAGUCUUUUGGUUUUACUAUAGUCUUAGUGUUUUCCAACAAUGUAGCUCAGACCUUGAGGUUUCUUCUUGUUUCUUCAAGUCCAAGAGUUGAAUGGAAAUGUCCCAAUAGCCUC